AUCGACUUCCUUUUCUUCUUCUUCUCCUCCUCCAUCCCUAACAAGCUUUCUGAUGACACAGAUCUGAGAAUGUCGUCAGCUCUAGCAGUCCUUCAAGAUCACGUCAAGCUGGCGCGCGAGUACGCGCUUGAGGGCCUCUACGACACCUCCAUCAUCUUCUUCGACGGCGCCAUCGCCCAAAUCAACAAGUAUCUGAAUACUUUAGAUGAUACUGAAAUUCGUGCAAAAUGGAUGAACUGUAAGAAAGCUAUUUUUGAAGAAGUGGAAGUCGUCAAACAACUGGAUGUGGAAUUAAGAACUUUCAAGGAAAUGCCAGGGACAAGGAGGUCCUCUUCACCCCCAAUAUCCACUAGAUCCUCCUUUGUUUUCCAGCCAUUGGAUGAGUACCCCACAUCUUCUGGUGCCUUAGAUGAUCCUGAUGUUUGGAGACCACCAAGCCGAGACUCUCAUAGUAGAAAACCAACAAGAAGUGCUACUUCUAAUAUGAGAAAACCCAACCAAGAUUCUAAAUGGGCGCGUGGUUCAACUAAGUCGGGAAUGGUUGGACGUGUUGCUAAUUCUAACAUAAGCAAAAUUAAUUCAAAUGCAAGAUCAUCAGCUCUUGUUGGGAAGAAAGGAAAAUCAAACUCUAUCAAGGCUGAUUCUCAGAAUGGUGAUGCAGAAGACGGAAGAUUGAAAAGGGGACAGUAUGAAGGGCCUGAUGCAGAUUUAGCUGCAAUGCUUGAAAGGGAUGUUUUAGAGACGACUCCUGGGGUGAGAUGGGAUGAUGUUGCAGGACUAAAUGAAGCCAAAAGACUCCUAGAGGAGGCUGUAGUUCUUCCUCUGUGGAUGCCUGAGUAUUUCCAGGGAAUUCGACGGCCAUGGAAGGGAGUUCUUAUGUUUGGUCCACCUGGUACCGGAAAGACUCUUUUGGCAAAGGCUGUAGCAACAGAAUGUGGCACAACAUUCUUCAACGUUUCCUCUGCUACACUGGCUUCAAAAUGGCGUGGAGAGAGUGAAAGGAUGGUGCGUUGCCUAUUUGAACUUGCGAGAGCCUAUGCUCCUAGCACUAUUUUUAUUGAUGAAAUAGAUUCUCUCUGCAAUUCUAGAGGAGCUUCUGGUGAGCAUGAAUCAUCUAGAAGAGUGAAGUCUGAACUUCUAGUUCAGAUAGAUGGUGUUAACAAUAGCUCUACGGGUGAAGAUGGUCAAAGGAAAAUCGUGAUGGUCUUAGCAGCUACCAACUUCCCUUGGGACAUAGAUGAGGCACUUAGGUUAGGCACAACUAGCAUUCAAAUUUAUGCCCUGUACUUGGAGACGGCUGGAAAAGAGGAUAUAUAUACCUCUUCCUAAUUUUGAAAGUCGAAAGGAGCUUAUAAAAAUAAAUCUAAGAACAGUUGAGGUAGCUACAGACUUAGACAUAGAUCAGGUAGCCCAUCGAACAGAAGGUUACAGUGGAGAUGAUCUCACUAAUGUGUGCCGUGAUGCAUCUUUGAAUGGCAUGAGGCGGAAAAUUGCGGGAAAAACAAGAGAUGAGAUCAAGAAUAUGGCGAAAGAGGAGAUCUCAAAGGACCCAGUGGCUAUGUGCGACUUUGAAGAGGCACUGACCAAAGUCCAGAGGAGUGUAUCUAGUGCUGAUAUAGAACGCCACGAGAAGUGGUUUUCAGAGUUCGGGUCAGCGUAGAAGAUUAGAAAUGGAGUUGAUUUGUAUCCUAUGGGCUGGUUUUCAGAGUUCGGGUCAGCAAAGAAAUGAAGUGAUAGAAAUGGAGUUAGUUGGGAUGUAAACUAGGGCAUAGAAGAUCAUUGGUUGUGAACUGUGAUGUACCUUCUUUUUGUUGAAAAAUUGAAGAUGAUGUUGGCCUUGCAAUUGAUUGGUGUCUUUGAUUUACAGGAAUAGUUUUUCAGGUCUUCUGAAAUAAUUAUUCCUAGGUUUCUAUGUAAAUGAAUUUGAAUUAUUAAUAUUAUUAUUUCUUGCAAGAAAGACUAAA